UACAAAUUAAACACCACAAAAAGGAGGAGUGGCCAACUCAUGUUUUUGGCGUCUUCCUCGAUGACACUGUGACUCAACUGAGUCUGACUCUGACUCCACUCCACUUCAAUUCAACUUCUUCCGAUUACUUUACAAACUAAACAACACCACUCCCAUCCCAUGAUCCCAUCUCCCUCACAAGUCACACCAUUCCCAUACACUUCCACUCCCAAUGCGGUACCCAAUGCAAGCCUCUCUCAUCCUUCUAACCAUCACUUUAUGUCUGCCUGAUUUGGUUGCGAGUGAUGAUGGGUUUUGCUCUGCGCCUUCUGUUAUCAGCUCCUCUUCUGAGUUUAAGCAUUUGUAUUGGAAGGUUACGAAUCCCACUCUUUCUCCUUCUCAUCUACAAGACUUGCCAGGGUUCACGCGCAGUGUUUACAAAAGAGACCAUGCUUUAAUAACACCUGAAAGUCAGGUCUUCAGCCCUUUACCAGAGUGGGUAAAUACAUUAGCAGCUUAUCUUAUUACACCAGCCAUUGGCUCACAUUUCGUUAUGUACCUCGCAAAGAUGCAAGAAAAUUCACAAUCUGGGCUCCCUGCUCACGAUGUUGAGAGGUUCGUAUUUGUGGUCCAGGGUUCAGUGACACUAACUAAUGUUUCUAGUGCCAGCCACAAACUUGAGGUGGAUUCAUAUGCUUAUCUACCUCCUAAUUUUGAACAUAUAAUCAAGUGUGAUGCAUCUGCAACUCUUGUGGUAUUUGAAAGAAGGCAUGCUUCUUUGGAGAAUCAUUUUACUGAACUGAUUGUAGGUUCAACAGAUCAGCGGCCACUUCUUGACACUCCAGGGGAGAUCUUUGAGCUCAGGAAGCUUCUGCCAACGUCUACUCCUUAUGACUUCAAUGUCCAUAUUAUGGAUUUUCAGCCUGGGGAGUAUCUUAAUGUUAAAUUUGGCUGGUAUAUAAGUCAGGAUGUACAAAAAGAGGUCCAUUAUAAUCAGCAUGGUUUGUUACUUUUGGAAGGACAGGGCAUUUACCGCUUAGGCGAUAGCUGGUACCCUGUUCAAUCAGGUGAUGCAAUUUGGAUGGCACCAUUUGUACCUCAAUGGUAUGCUGCAUUAGGCAAAACAAGGAGCCGGUAUUUGCUGUAUAAAGAUGUAAAUAGGAAUCCAUUGUAAUCACAUCACAUGCAUAUAUUAAGGUUUGUUUGUAACUGAGAUUAGUAUUCCAACUUUAAUGGCUAACAAGUAUGCUAAUGUACCAGGGCCUGCCCAUUCUAAUGGCACCCCAACUCAUAAAUUUUUUUAUUUUCUUUCUUACUAUUAUGAUCACACUUUUUUCUUUAAUAAUCUAAUUUUAAACACUGGUACCUCCAAAAAACAAAAA